AACCAAAGAACGCUCUUACCAUUGCCCAGCUGAAAACAGCAAACUCAUAGCUUCUCAAUGGGAGAGGAUGCAUAAAGUAAAAUGGUGGUGCUGAAUGGAUAGCAGCUACAGGCACCAGCUUACUAGAUGGAAGAUCCUUCAUGGAAUGAAGUCCAAUUUUCCAAAGCCCCAUACACUUUUGCUGAGAUAAUAUUUGUCCUGGUUUCCAAUAACUUAUCCCUCAUUGAAGCUGAGAAACAUCCACAGAGGUAUACUGAAGAGAGAGAGCAACAAUGUUAUUUGAUCAUUAAUAACUGAAGGAAUAGGGAACAGAUCCUCAAAAGGGUUUGACUGAAACAAAACAAAACACCAAAAAACUCAAGGAGCAGCAGCACGCCUAGAAUUCUCUCUUUGCCAUCUCCAAACUCAUCUGCAUGCCCUCGGGGCACCAAUAAGAAUGAGCUACUACGGCAGCAGCUACCGGGUGGUCAACGUGGACUCCAAGUACCCGGGGUUCCCCCCGGAGCAGGCUAUGGCGGAGAAGAGGAGGGCGCGCCGGCGCCUGCUGCACAAGGACGGCAGCUGCAACGUGUACUUCAAGCACAUCUUCGGGGAGUGGGGCAGCUACGUGGUGGACAUCUUCACCACCCUGGUGGACACCAAGUGGCGGCACAUGUUCGUGAUCUUCUCCCUGUCCUACGUUCUCUCCUGGCUGAUCUUCGGCUCCAUCUUCUGGGUCAUCGCCUGGCACCACGGGGACCUGUCCAGCCCCCCGGACCUCACGCCGUGUGUGGACAACGUGCAUUCCUUCACGGCCGCCUUCCUGUUCUCCCUGGAGACGCAGACCACCAUCGGGUACGGCUACCGCUGCGUCACCGAGGAGUGCUCGGUGGCCGUGCUCACCGUCAUCCUCCAGUCCAUCCUGAGUUGCAUCAUCAACACCUUCAUCAUCGGCGCCGCCCUGGCGAAGAUGGCCACGGCUCGCAAGAGAGCCCAGACCAUCCGAUUCAGCUACUUCGCCCUCAUCGGCAUGCGGGAUGGCAAGCUGUGCCUCAUGUGGCGCAUCGGGGACUUCCGCCCCAACCACGUGGUGGAGGGGACGGUGCGGGCGCAGCUGCUGCGCUACGCGGAGGACAGCGAAGGGCGCAUGACCAUGGCCUUCAGGGACCUCAAGCUGGUCAACGACCAGAUCAUCCUGGUCACCCCGGUCACCAUCGUCCACGAGAUCGACCACGACAGUCCCCUGUACGCCCUGGAUCGCAAAGCGGUGGCCAAGGACAACUUCGAGAUCCUGGUGACCUUCAUCUACACGGGCGACUCCACGGGCACCUCGCACCAGUCCCGCAGCUCCUACGUGCCCCGGGAGAUCCUCUGGGGACACCGCUUCCACGACGUCCUGGAGGUGAAGAGGAAGUACUACAAGGUCAACUGCCUGCAGUUCGAAGGCAGCGUGGAGGUCUACGCUCCGUUCUGCAGCGCCAAGCAGCUGGACUGGAAAGACCAGCAGCUGCUCCAUGUGCAGAAGACCACCCCCGUGGCCUCGCCCCCGCCAGGGCCCUGCGCCUCCGACCCCAAGGUCAGGCGAAGGUCGUUCAGUGCCGUGGCGGUCGUGAACAGCAAGGGUGAAAACCCGGAGGAGGACAGCACUGGUUACGACCCCCUGGAUGAGUACAAGGAAACGCCCUAUCAAAAAGCCGUCCUGACUUUAAAUCGAAUCUCGGUGGAAUCCCAGAUGUAGCCGCCUCUUGGCCUGGCGAGCCAAAGGGGGACCCCCACUUGGUCUUUUUCCUCUUCCAGCCACUGUGCAAGCAUGGAUCCCCUCCCCACAAAAAAAGAUUAAAGCCAUAUCUUGUGACGGUAGUCUUCUGUACAGCCUGUUAAAACUACGGUAGGAAGAGAUCGUCUAAAGAUUCCAUCCUUGGCUACUCUUCAAAUCUGGGUUUUCAUAGAAAAUGUUAUCCUUGGAUGCUAUGGAGAAGCAUGAUCAUUGGUGAUAAAAAUCCUUCUCAGGAUCGCCUAUGUUUAUGUCUAUGGUUGGUUCUUAUUUAUCCGGUAAAAUGAGUAAAAAUAAAUAAAUAAAUAAAAGCAAGAGGGGAUGGGUGAAAAUAGAGAGAUGGGUAAGGGAGAAUGAUGAAUAAGUUUUUACCUCUAUUAAAAAAAAUGAUAACAAACAUAAAUGACACCUGAUGAAAGGCAUCAUCUCACCCGACCCAGAUACACAAGGUAAGCAUGUGUUUGGUGUCAGAAGGCUGAGACCUGGACCAUGAGAUCUAUGGGUUAGUUCCAGUCAAACUGUUUGCCUUUCACGGCACCUUGAUUUCAUCAGUUAGAGAGAGUGGUGGUUAGAAAUGGACCUGGUUAUCAAUUCAUACAUUUCUUCCAUUGCCCUUUGCUCAGCCAUGCUCAGUGAGUGCUAGAAGCUAGUUUGUUAUUGUUGUUCUUUGAUGUACCUGGCAGAAGACCAGUUGACAUCAUUAUUUAGAACAGUAUCUCUCCGUUCUAUGAUUUGGUUGACCCUCAACCAGGGGGAGAGUGAAAAUAACACAACCACUUGUAAGUUCUCUGUCAAGGACCUGCCUGAGCACAAAAUUCACAGAAUCACAGGGAGGGGCUGAAGCAUCUAGCCCCACUGAUGGAAAACUUUGCUAGGCUGUUUCCUAAGAGACAGCGUGGUAGCCUGUGGUCUAUGAGGCAGAGGCUCUAUUAAAGGGGAGGGGGUGGAAGGGCAGGAGGCAUUUAAUAUGCCCUGAUAGUGUUAAUUGUGCUCUUGAUCAUUGUGCACCACAUUCAUGACUUGAGAUGUGAAUUUUUAGGAAACGCUGAAUCUCAAACAAUCAUUGAAAUGGAUGCUUUUGUGAAACAUAAUACAGCGGGGGCGAUUCUAGUCUACAGUAAGUGAGAAAUCUGAAUCUUAAGAGUGUAAAAAUGUUAGGAUAUAAGAUCAGCAUGUAUGCUUUACUACAAGGUUACACAAAGAUGUUAAACUUUGAUUGUUUUCAGCACAAACCCAAUCACCUAGAUCACCUAGGAGUGAACAGUCAGCUUUAUAAAAUGAAGAACUAUCAACUACACUUAAAUUAUUUGUGUGUGUUUUUAGUGGUCCUAAGCUGUCACUAUGUACAUGCCACAUCUUUAUAUUUUUGAUUAACGUUUUCACAGAUAUGCAGUUUUUGUUUAAUCUGGAAAUUCCUUUUCCUUCUUCUUCUCUCCCCCAACUUUCUCUUCACUUAAGACUUAUAAAUAAACUGAACUAAAUCACACAGUCCAUGAUUACUAAGAAAAGCAAAAUAAGGUAGGUAUAGGGUUUUCUUUUUUCUUUUCUUCUCUUUCUCCCUCUUUCCUUCUCUCCUUUUCCUCC